AUAAAACUGUUGACAGGAAAGAGAGUCCCUGUCGGGAAAUUCGUCUGUCUGUUUGGAACAUUUGCGUUACUGAGCGUUGUGUUUAAAAUGAUAUUACGUACAAACAAUGGCGUGUUUUAAUGAUGACCACGAAUUAGACAACGAAAAGUAUUAUGUAGAAAUUCUUCGUUAUCUUGAAGAUCCAACUGGGGUGAACAUCAAUACCAGCACAAAAGCCCAAUGGAUCAGAACACAAGCCGCAAAUUAUUUCCUGAAAAAUGGAGAAUUGUACUAUGGUAGGCGCAAACCUCGAAAAGUUGUACUCGAUAAGAAUGCUAAAGCUUCAAUUUUAGAACAGAUUCAUGUUGAUGGAACUAAAGGCUUUCACAAUGGAGUUAAAAAAAUGCACAGGAUGUUACAGCAAACACAUUUUUGGAGAUACUCUUAUAAAAGCAUAACCGAAUAUGUCCAAAAUUGUAUGGUGUGUAAGUCAAAUUCCACAACAACUCUUCACCUUGUGAAACCAAACAAAGUUACGUCUCCUUGGACUGAAAUUGAAUUUCAUCAAAUCAAACCAAAUCAAUCUUCUCAAGAGAAGUUCUUGCUGUUGAUACUUUAUGAUCCAGUAUCCUUUUGGAUUUCAGUAGCAGCAAUCAAACCUAGUUCUUAUGACAUGGCUGAAUUCUUGUUUGAAAAUUUGUGCAGCUAUGGUGUAGCUAUAUGCACAGUGUAUGGAUUGAAUUCAUUUGAAUUCAUGGAACUCAAAGGAGAGUUCACCAAGCUGAUUUCUGCGACAGAAACAGCUACUGUUCUAAAUGCGGAAACCCACUUAAAAUUCUCGGAGAAGGAAUCUGCUGAGUUUGAUGCCAAUAUUAAAACAAGAAUAGACACGUAUCUAGCGGAACAUCCUAAUGAUUGGCACAAACGACCAACGAUACUCGGUUGGUUAUGGAAGUUAAGGAACGAGAUUGUCAAAAACACUUCGGCGUUGGACACCAUAUCCAAACGCUGUUUUACGAAAACAAGCGAUGCCGGAAAUCUAUUCCCAAAAACACGGAAAAAAUCGAAAUUGUUCGAUUGUCCCCCAUGUGACGAAACAUCAUCUAGUGAAAACCGAUUGACGCGGAGGUCUAACUUAAAACAUCGGAUGUUGGGCGCUGGGAGCACGCUCCAUGAAACAGAUGAUACAUCCGCAAACCCAUCUUUGGACAACAGAACGUCUACUUCGACUGCCGUAGCCGCCGUUAGAGCUUUAAUCGCCCAAACAAAGGAUGUGCGCAAAUCAAGAAAUGAAGGUCAUAAGCGGGGUGAAUAUCACCGCUACACUCCUGAAAUGAAGGAAGCAAUCGCAAUACAUGCCAUGCGUCAUGGUACUCACAAUGCCGCACGCACUUUCAGUACCUCUCUAGGUUUCCCGGUGAGCUACAGCAGUGUUAGGAAUUUCGUUCAGGCCCACCAUGCAUUCAGUUCUCAACUUAAGGCAGAAAUUGGACGCCAUGCUGCAGAAUGUGGGCUUGACGCUACCCAAAAGCUUUAUUCAACUAAGUUGGAAAAAACGAUCAGCAUCUCCUUAAUAAGAAAGUUUCGUCGUAUGUAUCUCCGUAUGACUCCAGCCAAUCAACUUGAUCAUAGUGGAUCACGGAAAUCGAUAUCACUCGCACGCCAUCUAUUUUGCGCCUCAGUCCGAGAAGAAAUUGGAAAAUAUGCGGCUGUACAUGGAGUACCAGCAGCUGUGCAGCAUUUCAGUGACAAAUUGCAAUUCUCUGUAAAAGAAAGCACGGUGCGGAAAUUCAAAAAAAUAUUUGGGACCCCAGCAUCAGAGCUUCGUCGUAAGCUUUCGUCAGCAUCAUCUAUGCAUCCUCCACCUCCUCCCCCUUCACCACCUUCAUCGGUCGCCCCUCCUUCCUCUUUACCAGUUCUUCAGCAACAUCCGGACGCUGGUUACUAUCACCAACCUUAUGGGCACUACACCAACACACACAUGUAUGUCGGUCAUCAGUCAGCAAACAACUACCAUAACCAACACCAGAACAUGUACCAUGUGAUGUCCCAGCCAGUCCCCCCUUAUCCGUCCUACAGUUCUUUGCCACCACCUCCCCAAUAUCAGCCAUCUUUUAGCUCUGUCCAGCUACCAGCGUAUUCAAGGAACUGGAAUGAAGAGUGUUCUGACGUUUCAGCGUCCAUAGUUCACCAUCCUUCGGAAAAUCCUCCCACGUCCACUUGCCUUCCUGUUCCUAGAACUCCUUCCCCAGCGAUUGUUCCUCCUCCUCCUCCACCGCUUGAAUUAAAUCCCGCUGUUCAAACAUCCGUUCGACAUGAGAUGCCAGCUCAGAAAACUAAAACGUCAAAAAAAAAUGGUCGAGGUAGCUAUGCGACGUACCCUCCACAAUUUCGUUUAGAAAUUGGACGCUUUGCAGCCGAGUAUGGAUGUCAAGAAGCAGCAGAUUAUUUCAAAGAAAGAGUAGGCCACGAAAUUCCUGAGAGCACAGUCCGAGGAUUGCGAGACAAAUACGUUGCACAGCAGAGGACUUCCGAAGAACAAAUCACCAACCUGAACGUACUUCCCCGCGGAAGACCACUCCGUCUAGGACCGCACGACGAAGCCGUUCAGGAAUGCAUUCGGGAACUCAAACGCUCCGGAGAACGUGUCAACGCGUUUGUCGCUAUGGCUACUGCCCGCCAGGUUCUCCUCCAAAAAGAGCCAUCUCUUUUACCAGAAUUUGGUGGCCCUGUUAAAUUAACAACUAACUGGGCCAAAUCGUUUUUGAAAAGAAUGGGUAUCAACAAAGAAAACACGUCACAUAAUGACGACGCAACUUCUUCUAAUAUACCACCGGACUAAAGAAGUAUGUUAAAACUAGAACUUCACAAGCGAUUCAGAAUUUCACGUUUACCAUAAAAUUGGGGGGUAUAAUUGUUUUACCUGAAGAAAGCAACCGUGUAUUCAUCACAGUGGCGAUGUCGGACUUCCAAAAGAAUUCAGUUCUCUUUGUGCAAUUUCAAUAAUAAACCGAAACGGUGAUAAACUUUCA